ACCUCGGAAGCUCAGGCCGGCAGGAUGCAGCAAGAAAAUGGCCAAGCUUCAAUGGUUGUAGAGAAGGGGUGUGAGAGCUGCAGGAAGUGGCAAGAGCACUACUACUGGGAGCACAUGGAUGUCACCAAGAUCCGCUUCUUCAAGCUCAUGACCGGAGACUUCUCCAAGGGCAUUAGCAUACCAGAUAAGUUUGCAAAGAAUUUCAAGGGGCAGAUCACUAGAGGAUUUGAACUGAAAGCGCCCUCUGGAGAAACAUGGCACAUGAGUGUAGAAAAGCGUGGAGAUGAACUGUUCCUCAUGUCAGGAUGGGAGGAUUUUGUCAAGGCUCAUGAACUGCAGGAGAACGACCUCCUGCUUUUCACGUGCUGUGGCAACUCUUCCUUUCAGGUCCUAGUCUUUGAAGCAAGUGGCUGUGAGAAAGCGUCUUCUCUGUUUGGCAGCAGAAUUAGUCCUGAUAUGUGCAAGCAUGUCAACGAUAUCGCGGGUCAACAUGGUGAGCAGCAUUUCUCUGUGAGUGAUUCUGAGGACACUACUACACCAUCACAGCAUAUUGGAUCCUAUCAAAAUGCCUCUUCUUCAAAGAAAUCGUGUGGGAAGACUAAACCAAGUGAAUCUGAAUAUCCAAACACUAGCAACUUUGUUGCCAAGCAUCCAGCAAUUGGUGAAGAGGAUAGUGAUGACGAAUAUGCUAAAUCUAACUGCUACUACUCGAUGUUUGCCAAUCGACUAAGAGACGAUAUAAAGGAGGAGAUAAUAGGUUUGGCUUCCAUCCGACUGAACAAUCCUGCAUUUGUGACUGUUCUGAUGAAAAAGCAUGUUCAACGCAGAAACAAUGCUUUGAUCAUCCCCAGUAGAUUUGCUGCUGACCAUCUCGAGGAAAGAGCACAUGAUAUCAUACUUCGUAGGCCAAACAGGAAAGAGAAGUGGCUCGUCAGCUACUACUACUCGCACUACAUGCGAUCCUUCCGGAACUUGGCAUUUUUCAAGUUUGUGCACGACAACAAGCUCCGCGAGGGUGACAUCUGCGUCUUCGAGCUGAUGAAAGGCAAAAGGAGGGUGACGAUGACCAUCCAUGUCAUCAGAAACGCGAAUGGCCGGUUUAUUCUGGUGGGAUAAGUUGUGUUGUAUCCUCCCAAAAGAGUUGGCAUGUAGAAUAGCACUUGCACCAGUGUAGUUUCUGCAGUAUGUACUAUGUAGGAGUAGCACUGGAAACUUAAAAUGGAAAUGCCUAGCAAUGCCGUGCUUGUAGCAAGUGCACUUUUUGCA